UCCUUAUAUCAAGCAUGGCGCCUUCACCUACAGUGGCUCCUGUGAGCAAAAUGUUGUCGUUUUCUCGCCUGAUUCUUUUCUCGGUGCUUAUCGUUGUAUUUAGGUACUCGUCGUCAACGAAAGCUCAAGAUGUUGUUGGUUGCGGAGGAUUCGUUCAAUCAGACGUGGACAUCAACUACUCUCUUAUACAGGUGCGAACAGGCAUGCCGGUUGACGAUCGAUUAUAACAUACACUUUAAUUUAAGCUUCAUCAGUCGAAUGCUCGUUCGUGUUUCGGAUUUUGUAAUUUUUUUUUUUGGUAUUCCGAAUGUAAUUCUAAAUGUUUAAAGAUAGAAAAGGAAUCCCUUCAUUUUGAAUCUGUUUUUAGUACCUAUAAUUCUCUUUAAUUUAUUCCAAUUCAGAAUGACAGAUUUUAAUUGAACAUAUUGGACUGUCUUCGAGACAGGGUGUUCUUUAGUCACGGAACGCUCAAUAAGUAAUAUUAUUUGGAGUAGCUCUCCUAGAUGAUAUCUCUAUCGAUCAAAUGGGUUUCUUUAUCUGUGACAGUAGACACGAUUCGCCCCAAAAUAGUUAUGUUAUUUUCCUUAAGGGCGUUGUGGCGUGAUUUUCAUGUGAUAUGUAUUAUCUCCUGUAAAGGUGCAUGUUUGGUCGUUAAAAUUAAUUUUUAAAUAACCCAUUGUAACUUUCUGGCAUGCUGACAAUAGCAGUCUGACUUCAUAUCUGUGAGAUAUGAGCUUACCUAGAUUUUCUAUUUUAUCACAAUUUGUUGGAGCAACAAGUUUUGAAACUAACAACAAUGAAAUGAUAAUCAUAGUGCUAAUGAUGAUAAUAAUAAUAAUAAUAAUAAUAAUGGUAACUAUGAUAAUAGUCUUACAUUAAUGACAAUGAUAUGCAUUUAAAACUAAAAUAAAAUUGAAAAAUAGGUGAACUGUAGAAGCUUUUGAAGUGAUAGAGAAAAACUGAAAUACCUUCCAUGAGGGGAAACAUCAAAACUGAAAGACACAACUUAGAGUAAAGAACAAUCCAAAUGAAAAAUGGAAAAGUACAUGCGAAAUCAUGAAUCAGGGAGGUCCCACUUCAAUUUCAGGGGGACCUUAUUUCAACCAUAUGGGAGUGAAGUAAGGGGUACCCCCUAAAGGUGUUUCAAUGUACUUGUCGAGUAUAGUCAGUGAAAAGAAAGAUGAAGCGAACACCAACUGAGACACUAAGAAGGGAUAUCUUUUUAGGAGCUCUUAUAUCAGUCUAGUUAACAAUUAUGUUUUGAAAUCCUUUAUUUAAAAAUAAUUCAUCUUGAAAGUAGUAAUUAUGCUUAUAAUAGGCACAAUAUUUUGCACCCAUUUGAUGCAUAGUGGCAAGUUUUAUACUGCAUAUUACCUCAAAUUUUGAAAAUCCUGCAGAGCCCCAGUAAUUAGUUAUGAUAAUUUGGUGUUGGAUCAAGAUAACAACUUCUACUUGACAAGUUUACACCUAUUUGAUGCAUAGUGGCAAGUUUUAUACUGCAUAUCUCCUCAAAUUUUGAAAAUCCUGCAGAGCCCCAGUAAUUAGUUAUGAGAAUUUGGUGUUGGAUCAAGAUAACAACUUCUACUUGACAAGUUUGAGUAUUCUUGCUACCUGUUUGCACAUAAUGUGAGAACAUGUUACAUGUUAAUCACAUUUGGGAGUUAACGGGCUAAAAUAAUUAAUAUUUUUUUCUUUAAAUUGUCAUUAGAUGAAGCUGUUAACCAAGCAGGGAAUCAUCAAGUCUCAAACAGAAUGUGCACCAAACAAUGGGUACUUUCUCAUUCCAUUGUAUGACAAGGUAAUUGUUACUACCACAUUAUUUGUGUUGCUUCUUCCAUGAUGCUGUGGGAUUUCAGAGUUUGAGUGCCAUGUUGGACUGGCUGACUACCCGCCUCUAGCUAGGGGAAGUUGAAGGAGGGGGUUGACACACUUCCAUCUGGAUGCCAUGUAAAGAUAUGUGGAUACAUUAAAACUAUAUGUAUUUGUGAUUUUAAAAAAAAUUGAGUCAAUACAAAUUAAAUCUGUGAGCCUAGCUACCAUUUCAUGUUCAUGGGUUUAAUUGAACACUGAAUUUUGUCACAUACAGACAAAUAUAACAAUGCCCAAACUAUAAUGAACACAACUCACAUGCAUGUGUAUUUUCAUAACUGUUACCUGAGUUCAGUAGCCCAACUCAGGAUAUAUGCAUAAUAUUGAAUAUAUGACCACCUACAUGUAGGCCCAGUUGUUCAAAGAGUGGUUAAUGCUAUCCAAUGGAUAAAUUGCUUUCCAUCAUAUAACUGCUAAGAAAAUGUACUGCACUAUCCACCAGAUAGAGAUUUGUCCAGUGGAUAGGGUUAUCCAACCAAUGAACAACCAGGGCCUAAGCCUUUAACUCCCAUGAGUGACCAAGACAGAAUUUCUCCUUACAAUAUCAAUACAAUAUCAACCAGAUAAGUAAUGAGAAUUAAAAAAAAUAUCAAUUUGGGGAUAACUAGUUGAUGUAAUACUAAAUUCUCUGAACUAACACUAUAAGAAUAGUAUGGUUAACAGUAAGCAGAAUUAAAAAUUUGAUUCGGGAGUUAAAGGCUUAAUCUACCCAUGUCAAAUUUUAUUCCCUUUUUGUGCCUCUAACAUCAGAAAAUGCCUCAUUAAGUUGGAAAUGAAAUCAACAUUUUUUUUUUGUAUCCCUAAUUAUAGCAUUAAAUGUGUAUAACUGAAUGAUGCUUUUUGUCUCACACAAUUUAGGGAGUAUUUAUGUUGAAAAUUGAGCCUCCUGUUGGUUGGAGUUUUGGUAAGAAAGUUAAAAUUAUAUCCUAUGCGUUCUAUUUGCAAUUGGACAGUUUGAGUAAGUGGUUGUGAAUAUAUGGAAGUCAUAUAUUUGAACUGCAGUUAAAGACAUGAAUAUGAAAGCAAUCUUCGCAGUAAUGAACACUUCUUAAGUAGUAGUGAAAAGCAAGCCUUAAAAAAAAAAAAAUUCAGACCUUCUUUUCACUACUACUGUACUUAAGUAGUGUUCAUUACUGUGAAGAUCGCUUUCAUAUUCAAGUUUGAGUAAGUGUUGAAUAAAUGGAUAAUUGAAUUAAUAUUUCCUUUCCUUCCCCCCUCCUGCAGAUCCAAACAGUGUGGAAUUAAACAUAGAUGGUACCACAGAUAGAUGUAGCAAAGGAGAGGACAUAAACUUUGUGUUUACUGGUUUCACACUCUCUGGAAAGGUUGGUCUCAAAUUCCUAGAAAUUGGUUGUGUAGUCUGUUAGUAGUUCUUGGAGGGCUGCGAGCAUCAGAGUGACCAGCAUCUAAUUUCUCCCUACAAUAUCACUCCUGAAUCACACAUUGAGGUUAUGAGAAGAAAGGAAAUGUUCACCAGGGAAGAAAUCUUUUGAUCGGCAAACAAAUUCUCCUUGUCAGCACCUUAGGAAAUGUAUAAAGAACAGUGUGGGGAAUAUUUAUACUGAUGUUAGGGUGUAUAGGGUUAAGCAUCUAAAAAUGAUUUUAAUUCCAAGUUUAGUUCAGAUUUUAAGUAGAGCUGUAUCACUUUUCCUGCAUUGAACUUGAGGCUGGUAAUUUGUUUGAUAAGAAGAGGGAUUUAUUGAGAUAUGAGAAAUUGGAUAUUUGUUCAGCCAAAAAUGGAUUGUCUUUGAGUAAACAUAGGUUUUGGCUAGACAACUUGACUGGAGCCAGCAGGGAAAUUAUUUCAAGCUUUGAUUAGGUAUUGCAGUCAGUUUGAUUGCCACCUACUAGAUUCUUUAACCCUUUACACCCUAACAUCAGUAUGUAUAUUCUCCAUACUAUUUUCCAUACAUUUCUUAAUAUGCUGACAAGGAGAAAUUGUUCUCCUUGAGUCAAGAGCUUCUCUACAGGAGUAGUUGGUGAUCAUUUCCUUUAUUCUUGUGACCCUAAUGUGUGAUCCAGGAGUGAUAUUGUAAGGAGAAAUUAGAUGCUGGUCACUCAGAGGUCAUGGGGUCAAAGAAGUGCAAACUGUUAACUGUUAUAUACAUUAUACAUUGUUAAUCAAAGCUUUGGUAAACAGGUUGUCAGUAAAGGUAGAGGACUUGGACCAUCUGGAGUGGAAAUUUCUCUGCAGGAAUCAGCAGGUUUGUUUCAUGUUUAUGUGAAAAUGCAUUCAGUAGCUCACAUGUGUUGAUACACUGAGACAUUUAUGUACAUCUGUACUGAUGUGAUUUUAAUUUGGAGUAGACUUUGUUAAUUGAAAAGUGACCCUAGAGGUUUCUGAAAGGAAAAUAAUCAAUGUAUAUUUUUGAAACUGUCAAUUAAUGCCUACUUUUUUUUAAGGUGAUAAACAAAGGAAGACAGUCACUGCAGAAGGAGGAUUGUAAGUUAAACUAUGUGCUACAAUAUGAGUAUUAAAAACUAGCACACUAUUUAAGACCUAAUAAAAAAAUGAUUAUUAUCCAAAACUGAAACAUGUGAAGCAUUUUAAAUAUGUUUCUUGUUUCAUGGUUGAAAUUAUUUCAAAUGUGCAUAUAAAAGUUUCUUUCAAUACAUUUACAUAAAUACAUGUAUGUAUUUUGACCAGCCAUUUUCUUUUCAAAAGAAAACACUUCUAGGUACAGCCUACUUAAAGCCAGCCACUUUGCAGAAGCAUUUCCUUCUUCUUGACAUUCUCACAAUAUUGAACAGUGUUACAUGUUCAAACUAUACACAAAGUAGUGAGUGUGCAAAGGUGUACUCAUGUAUUCACUUAAGACAGUGUAUAACUGCACAUGUAUGUUACAACGUUGGUCAGUCAGUUGGCAAUCAUCUACAAGAGCUUUUUAUUUUCUUGACAAAUGGAAUAUAUCAUAUCACUUAUUUUUGAAAAUUGACUGCUAAUUACUAAAAAAAUUUGGUUAUUAAUUCAUUAUGCCCAUUCGUUUUGCAAUGGAAGAUUUGUUGUUAUCGUUACAACUCUGAUCUCUCUAACAUUGAUCAAUAGUUUCAGUUUUUCUCAAGUCAUGCCUGGAAAAUACCAUGUGAAGGCUAGCCACUCCUCAUGGACUUUUGAAAAUGUAAGUUUACAAUGUAUAACAAGUGGUAAAUUAAUGGUGGUAAAUUACUGGUAUGUAGUAAAAGAAAAGGAAAGACAUGCUGACAUUUGACUUAUGAGUAUAAGUUGUGGAAACUAUGAAAAAGUCUUCUAAACUUUCUUCCUGAAUUCUGAAAAUACAUGUACUACCUUUGGCCAAAAAGCAGCUUAUUUAUUACUGCAUCUCACUUUCAUUGAGAGGUUUCAAUUUAGACAAUAUUCCAUUAGCAAAUCAUGUUUCAGUUGAGUUAAAUUUAGGGAGCUGGAUCCAGAGAGAAAGUGAAAUUCUUUCCAUACAUGCAUUAGUUAAAACUUGCAGUGUGCAAACCCAGCUAAUUUUGUUUGUAGCAGAGCAACUUAUCUUUUAAGCAGGAAAAUGUUAUGGUGUGUACAACAUUAACUGGGUUAGCACAUUGGAAAUAGAAAUUAUUAUGGCGUACAUAACGUGAAUUUUUCACUCAACUAGCUCUUUCAUGAUUUUUUUUAAUUCAUCAGGCUGAAGCAGAGGUGACAGUGGAGUCCAGCAAUGUUGAUGUUGUUGAUAAGAUAGUAGUUUCAGGAUAUGAUGUUAAAGUAAGUGCAGAUAAUUCACAUACCUUAUUGUUUAGAUCACAUACUUGGUUACACCACACUAAAAAUUGUUGGACCUACAUAUAUAUGUAAAUUAAAAGUAUUAAUUGUUUUUUUCCAGGGUCAUGUUUUGAGUGAUGGUGAACCUAUUCAAGAUGUUGGAUUUCUUCUGUUCUCUAAAUCUGUAGACCAAAAGGUAUGAAAAAGUGAAUCUGUUAAGGACAUGACUUGUUUACAUAAUGAUAUCAUCAACUGGGCUUUGAGAUAGACUUAAAUAAUGGUUUUUUGGCUUUAACUUUUCACUCAAUGUACGUGUUAUAAUCAAUUCUUUUGUUAAUUUAUGGAAUGCUAAAAUGAUUUUUGUACCAUUCAUUUUGUCUGAGCGACCAGCUCUUUAGUUGUACUUAAAAAUGCCAGUUUUGAUUCAAGUAGUGACAAAUGUGCUACUUGAUUGAUGGAAAUGUACAUGUUUGAGUGGAGACUAGACUUUUCAAAUAUACCUGUAGGCAUUAAUUGUCAGCAAAGCAUCUGUGCCACAAGUACAUGUAUUUCCAAUAGGAUGAUUGUCCACCAAUAAGAAAAAACAUGUUCAUUUUUCAGAACUUUCCUGGAUGUGAAGAUAUCCCCCCUGACGUAGUAGAGAUCAUUAAAACAAAAAUGGAGGUUGAUGUGCCUCUUUGCCGUGUCAAGUCUGGUGUUGAUGGACUGUUUGUCUUCCCCAGCAUUCCGAGUGGAGAGUACACACUGGUAAAAACAAAAUGAUUGUAGAGAGAGAUGUUUUCUUUUGUUUUGUCAUCACUGUAAGACUACAAAAAAAUUCUGAGUUCCCAUGAGGAAUGAAGAACUUUAGAUUUCUGCACUGGCAUGGUCUACAUUGAAUUUAUCAAUGGUUGAUUCACAUGCAAAUAAAUUCUUUAUGUUCUCUUUUUUUAGGUUCCAUAUUACCAAGGAGAACUUAUAACAUUUGAUGUGGUUCCCUCAAAGCUUACUUUCUCUGUCAAUUACAAGAGUGUUGUGUUGAAGGUGAGAACAUGACUCAAUUCUCCAAACUAAUAUUGUAAGAAAUGUAUGGUUGACAGUGAGGAGAAUUACAAAUUUGAUAUGAGAGUUGAAGGGUUUACUUAAUGAAUUACUGUUACUAAAAAAUCAUAGCAUAUUCUGAAAUGAACUCAGUCUUGUUCAAGCUGACAAUUCUCUUAGUGGUUGUAGACAACACAGGAUUGGAUUAUAUCAAGGAAUUGUAGUCUGUUUUAAUGAAUCAUCAAGUUGGAUUUAAUACAAAACUCUUCAUGUAGUGGAAUAGUUGCUGCUGUAUGCAUUGGCAAUAAUUUCUGUGCAUUGAAUUCAAGGAGUGCAGUUAAUUCACUGGUAAUGGAUCAAUCAAUUCAAUAUAUAUGUUGUCUAAACCUCUCAUCAAUACUUCUUCUCUUUUACCUGCAUGCAGACUCCAUUCCAAGUGCAUGGAUUUUCCGUUACUGGUCAAGUUCUCACAGCAGAGGUAAGACAGGUAGUUUUCCCCCCAUAGAGGGAGAAAAAAAAGAAGAUUUUACUCUAGCAGAGGACAGUGCAAGGUACAUGUAUGAAUAACAAUCUUGUUAUGAUUUUUUGAAGGGGCAAGGUAUUGCAGAUGUGAGCAUUACAGCUGGUGAAGAAAUUACUGCAAAAACAACUGCAGAAGGUGUUUAUGUGUUAAAUAAUGUUACAGCUGGAGCUUACACUAUUCAGGUGAGACAUUGAUAAGGUUUAACCUUUUCUAAAAUGUUGAAGUGCUGAGUACCAUGAAUGCUAUGCAUGCUAUGAAUCACUUUGUUUGUGCCUUACUGUUUACUAUUCAAGAAAUGUAAUCAAUCAGGUGGUUCAUUCUUUUUCUAAGGAUUUUUGUUUUUGUAACAACAACACAAGUAGGAGUCUUCCAUUCAGAUUGAUUUAGAACUGGAGACAUUAGUCAUUGCCAUCGAUAACAACCCUUGAAUCAGAUAAUGGAUUCUGUUCAAGCUGUUAAAAAUCCAGUCAUUGAAAAACAACCUUUUCAGGAUUACCCCAAACUAAGAAGUGGCUCAUCAUGACCAAAUGUCACUCCCUGGUUGGUUAUGUUAAUGUAAGCAGAAUAUCUCUGCCAAUGGGGUUUUCACAUUUGCAGGCAAGCAAAGAACACUUCUUUUUCAACUCCAUUAAAGUUCAAGUGACUCCAAACACUCCUAGGCUACCAGAGAUAACUCCACAAGCGUAAGUUUAGACUGAUUGGAAAAUUCUCUAAGUUUUCUUGAUAAUGGAUUUAUAUAUUUGUUUACUUUAUAGUAAUAAAUGUCUAUCAUUUACAGACAAACUGUCAAAACAGUACCAUGCAAAAGCAAAAAGUGAAAGUUUGGACAGUCGUAUGACAUUAAUUUUUUCAGAUGGAACUUUUACAGUUUACAUUUGUCCAGUUAUCUUGUAUCAUUUUUAAAUCUACUGAUCCCUAUUUCAGUGUGUUUUUAUGAAUAUACUGUAAAAAUGGUUUAUAUAUUUAUAUUCAUCCAUAGACAUUUUUUUUGUUUGUUGCAGAUAUCAUUUGUGUGGGGCUCUUAAAUUUGAUGAGUUUCCUCCUGGAGUCACUCAGGUACGCAUAGUUAUUUUUCUGUUGACCAACCCACAUGAAGUAAAUGCUAUACUUUUGGCAUAAAAUAGGUUGUGGUUUUUCAUUGUGGUAAAUAACACUUCAAAAGGGAAACAUAAUUGUUUGUCUCGCGAUGUGGUCACUUCAGAUGUGGAACACGACUUUGCGACUGCUUAUUGCUAGUCUUCCACAGGUGAUGAGGUGUUUUAGUCUAACCUUCAACUUUGCAGUACGACAUUUUGGAAAAAAUAAGCUUGGAGCCCUGUCUCAGAGCAGGCUUGCACUGAGUAACUGAUGUGCUCUGUAAGAAGCCACUGGUGUUGGGAUUUGAUCAUCUCUAAGCUCUUGUUUUCUGUAAUAGAAUUAAAAAAAUGAAAUGACAAAAGGAGUCUUUUUAGUUGAACCUGUGAUAUAAUUACAGGAAAGAGAGAUCAUUGCAAGGAUUAAAAGAAUUUGAGGUGCGUUCAAAGAUGUGCAAUUUUGCAAUAUUAAUUAUUGAUUCUUUAUUCUGUUUUUUUACCUGAUGAAGUUGAAAGGACGUAAAAUGAUUCUACAAACAGAAGGAGCUUCGAUUGCCACAAGGUCAAUGUCUACCUCAGUUGAUGAAAAUGGCAACUUUUUCUUUAAAGUAUCACCAGGGACUCAUACGAUUCAGGUAACAAGAUAGUAAGAAAAAGGAUAUAUCACUCUGCCAUAAAUAAUACUGAUAUCCUAAAAACUUUAUAAAUCAAAGAAAAAUAGUGAGUAAAAUCAGAAGUUAGUGUCCAAAAUUGACAAUUGGAUGCCAGUGUCCAAAAUCAGAAAUUGAACAUUAGUGUAUAAACUUGGAAGUCGGACUCUAGAGUCUAAAAUCACAAAUCAGACAUCAGUGUCCAAAAUCGGAAAUUGGACACUAGUGUCCAAAACCUGAAAUCAGACUCUUGUGUUUAAAGUUGGAAAUCAGUGUCUUAAAUUGGGAAUUAGACACUAGUGUCCAAAAUUGGAAAUCGGACACUAGAGUUGACAUGUGAGACACCACCUAUUGUGUCCAAAACCGGAUACUGGUGUUUAAAAUCGGACACUAGUGGCAAAAGAGGCGGACAUUUCUCCAAAUCCCUUGUUUACUAAAUCGCAGCGAAUGCUUUUUGACAACAAAUUUGUUCUUCUACUCAUACUGACUUACUUAAUAUUGUAUUCAUUUAUUUCUUAGCCAAUAAUAACCAUGCAAGAAGUCGCCGCUGGCUUGGCAUUGACCCCCAAAGAACAAGUAGUGACAAUAAAGAACAGUCCCGUUCUUGGUAUAACAUUCUCACAAUUCAGGGCAACUGUUACUGGGACUGUCAAGUGUAUUGGUAAGUUGUUGCCAACAUGUAGAUGAGCUGUAGUUUGUUAUCAGUAUCAGGAGAAAGAUUUCGUACUAAGUUUGAAAAACUUUCCGAGCAUAUGAGGUUUCAUGUAACCUGUAUGUUCCUAGUAGGCAUUCCAUUAAAAAGAUGAAAGUCUGGUAGGGAAAAGAUUUCUUGUACCCUUAAAAACUUUCGUGUAUUCAAUCCAAUGGCUACCCACACAGACAAAGGUGACUCUCUUUUUGCAGUGAAAUGUUUCAAAUUUUCAUAAAAUUGCCUUAUUCAAAUGUACAAUUAACAGUAUGAGUGACACGCAUUUCUACCUCGUUAAAGUAGUUCAUUUUUUUAUUGCUUGUCUACACAGGUGGCUCUUGUAGCGGGGUAUCUGUUACACUUCAAUCAGUGUCAAAUCCAGGCCUUCCAAAAGCAGAAGUCCAGGUAAAGAUAUGUUUUUGUUCAUCAUUGCAUUGAUUAUUUUGGGUAAAUUAAUACCCCAUUGACACAGAAAAACGUGUUUAAUGAAAGCGGGUUUAACUGAAUUAAAAUCAGAAACAGAAAACUGAAAAACUGAUUUAUCUUUAGGUUUCAAGCAGUCAAUAACUUUUAAUUUCAAUGUGCUAAAUUUCAAGUCGACGGACAUCAGUCUAAGCAGCUUAUACAGGGUAAAACAGAAAACCACCGCAUACAUUCUAAUGAGCUUCUUUUGCGCGCGUUUUAAAAAGCUGCAGGCGUGUGUGCGUUUUUUUAAACGCGCUUUUCGCGUGCAUUUUGGGCCUUGUACCUCUGAGCUGUACUGCAUGAAGAAAACAAUUUUCAACUGCAUUUAACAAAACAGUUUAAGAAUAUCUUAAAGCUUUGGUGUGAAUGGGGUAUUAGUCACUUAACUUUUCAUGUCCUGCUCUUCCGCUCAAAAAUAAGUUACCAUUAAAUAUAACAUUAAUUGCAGGUGGCUGAAACUUCUUUUAUCUUUAAAGAUGUCUUUCCUGGAAAAUAUAAAGGUAUUAUCUUGUCUUAAAAGAACUACAUUUGGUUUGGACUUCUUCAAAAACGUAGCUAGGGUUUUUCUGGCCAUCUUUAACCACGUUCAUUUUACUUUAAUUUUGAUGUUUCUUUCUCUUCAAAGGUGAUUCUUUAUGACUCAAGAGUUUCACGGGGGGGUGGGGGGUGGGGUGGCAAAGAAACUUGUUCUCAUGUCUCGCUAAUCGGUGACGAUAUUUAUCUGCGCUGUCAAUUGUGGAAGGCUUUUACAAUUACAACAUUUCACCUUGAUAAGGUUGAUCAUUUUCAUGGUUUUCAGUGUCAGUGUUAGAGGAAUCUUGGUGCUGGGAAAGUUCAUCGUUUGAGUUCCAAGUAUCUGAAGCAGACGUCUCUGACCUUCAGUUUGUACAGUCUGGAUAUAUUUUAAAGUGUAUUCUAUCUCAUGACAUAACAUUGGUAAGUACUGCAGUACUCUAUACAACAACUUUUUUAUGAUAUACAAUUGCCUUGUGUAUUCUAUAUUUGCUAUGCACGUUUGUGUUCACUUUUGUACCAUCGGUGUUAUCAAAAGAUAAAAUAAUCUUUGUCUGUAAAGAAAAAGAUUAUCAUAUCUUACCUAGUAACCUAAAUCUCAGACUUUAUGGCCAUCUGAAAAUCAUGUCAACCCUACUCUUUUCACAGGCUCUUCGCUCUGACGAAGGGCGAACGCUCGAAACUUCAGCUUUUUAACUCUUCACAAUGGUCAAUUUACGCUAUCAACUCAGUUGAUAAUACUAUGUUACCCUGUUAUACUCUCCCAUUGUCGCAGCACCACAGUUUCUUUAGAAACUUACCCCCUUUAUUCAUUUGUUUUUCUACUACAAACCCCCCCCUUCUCCCCCCUUAAAAAAAGGCCAUUUUAGGGGGGGAGGCGAAUGGAAGUGUUUGACUUUGCAGACAUCUGAUGAAGUAGAAUCUGUUUGUUUUGGAUAGCAAACGACAAAGUUUGAUGGCAUAAUUUCAAUCAUGGAUUUACGACUUAUCGCUUGACCGUCCUAUAAUUAGUCUUGUUAAGUUAGGUUUUUGAAGUCGCCACAAGUACGUUUCUGCCCAUGUAUUCGUACCUUGUUCGAAAACAGCUCUUCCACAAUUUUAUCCAAGUGAUCUCUCGCUCAGUUUUGAAUGAAAAUUGGUCUUGCAGCCAUUGUUAAAAUGUUAUGCUGUGUUUUGAGAGAACAGAGAAAACGUUUUGUCAUGAUGCAAGUGUGUUUGUGUUCCAAUAGGGUAUAAUUAGCGACCACUCACAGCAGAUGUACAAUUCAGUUCAUUGUAGACAAAUGAUGACUGGAGGAAUUUUACUAAAAAUUUAUUUUCUCCGCAGUUUUUCUCACUUGAGUCUCACAAAGAAAUGGUGGACUCCUUUGACUUACCAAAGGGAACCAAGACUUUUUGUCUGAAGGAGCCAGGUAACAGAUUUUCUACCCCACGAACGUUGUGGGGUGCCUGUCCAUUUUGAAGUCACUUGUAUUUCUUGUUAGGAUAGUCAUCUGGAACUUUUUGUCACACUUCUAACGCUCAAGAAUGGUUUAGAGAAGAAUAUUGUAAAUUCUUUGACGGCUCCACGUCUAAAUUAACUAAAAAGGCAGAGGCAUCGACAUUUAGUCAAAGAAUUCUCUGAUCUCCGAUCUCCAAACACCCUGUUAACGUAGCUUUCAAGUCGUAACCAGGCAGUUCGUGAGGAAUGCAUGUAAUAUAUUUAACUCUGGUACAUUUGCAUUUGUGUAUCGUUUGGAUAUAUGUGUAACACUGAAUUUUAAACCUUCAGGAGUAGCCAACAAAAAAUUUAUAGUCAUCAGUAGGAAGAGUUAGAAUUCUAGAUCUCGGUAAUCGUAAUACAACAUAUAACUGCAGGUCUUCAAUUAACGCUCUAUUCGCUGUGACGAAGGACUAACGCUCGAAAUGUCAGCUGUAGAAUCUCUUAACAUUAUCAACUCAGUUGAAAAACCUAAUUAUCGUGUGAUACACCACCCGGCCCUCCCCCACCGUUACAUCACCACAGUUUCUUUAAAAACUUUCCCCCUUUUUAUUCAUUGAACUUAUUUCAGUUUGUUUAUUGUGAUGUGCAGGAGUUUACAACCUGAUGCCACGUUCAUGCCAUCAGUUUGAGCAAGAAGUGUUCAAGUAUAAUACGUAAGUUUGCUCAUUGUUAGUGAAGAGAAAUGAAGGGAACAAUGCACAUAACCCGUUUUCAGAGAAGGAAAACUCAAGUAGCAAAGCCGCUUGUUAUUUUAAUUUUGCGUUCGAUUGAUUGAAGGGUGGUGCAAUUUUCUAGAUUCCAUCGCAGAGCACAGUGAACAAAGAACUGUGAUCUAAGAACAAGUUCUCAUUAACUGGCUUAAUUCCAACGACAUAUUUUUGUUUCCAGCUCUGCGCCAUCUGUGUUGACAUUGACAGCCAUCAAACAUUUGCUCUCUGGCACAGUCAAGACUCAGGAACCUAUGAGUGACAUUUCAAUAAAAAUCAGGUUUGAGAUGGUUUUUGUGAUGUUCAUGGCAAGUUUAACUUUUACGGCUGUUUUUCUUCGUUGUUAUAAGAUUUGACUUCUAACCCUGCAAGUUAGUCAGGAGAGUUUCGUGUCAUAUCAAAGAUCUUUUGUGACAAAGUUGAAAGCAGGACAGAAAAUGAUGUUCGAGGUUCUUUGACUUGCCUACAGUUAGGCUGUCGCUAAGAUCAUAGCUGUGAUAAUCUUGGGAAUUAUUGGACAUGCUUCCGCUUACUACCUUAGGGUGCAUUCUUUAGUUACAGUCGUAUAGCAGUGUUUAGUUGUUUUCCUUGUUUGGGUGAUAAUAUAUUGAUAGUCCAAGACGAACUUACACUUAAAAAAACAACAACAGAAUAUGGUAAAUUUUAAUUUUUUGUGUAACAAGGUCCCUGAAGUCCAAAGAAGUCACCAUCCUUGGACCACUGAAACCGGAAUCAAAUGAAAAGAAAGAUUCCAGUGAUGCAAACAGUAGCAAACCAGACGAGGAAAAACAACAGCUUUCAUACAACUUUUCACAUUGGGGAAGGUAAAUGAAUGCUGGUGCAGUGGUUUUUGUUUUCUUUUUCAUCGAGUGGUGAAAGGCUAGACUUAAAACCACAUACACUUCCGAUUGAUAGGCACAGUGUAUUGUGGCCUUUAUAAUGCUUUUAUCAUGUAAUCCCGCGUACAGGCAAUUGUCAAGUUAAAUUUUGAUUUUCUUGUACAAAGUGCACGAGUAGAUUAGCAAAGGAUUUCUCUUUUUUUUUUUUCAGGCGCGGCGAGGAAUUUGAAAUUACCCCAGUGUCUUCUGAACUGUUGUUUUACCCUGAGAAUAAACUUGUCACCAUCUCUGGUAAGGGACCAAAAUAUUAACCAGUCGCGAAAACAUGGUCUGGAUAAGCUAGUUUUGCAAUCGAAUGGAAAUCAAAUUCUCGAAUCGAAUCGAACUGAUAUAUGUCUAUAUAUAUAUAUAUAUAUAUAUAUAUAUAUAUAUAUAUAUAUAUAUAUAUAUAAUAUAAUAUAUAUAUAUAUAUAUAUAUAUAUAUAUAUAUAUAUAUAUAUAUGGUGUUAAAAGGUUAAUCGUGAUUGUGAAGAAUAUCCUUGUUUGAUGGGAAGCACAAGGUUGACGAGGGCGUACGAAAACUAGGAAAAAAAUAGUAUCUGCUCUUUCGCAUGUUAUGACCAGAGAUGUGUGUUUUUUUUAUCUUUGUCAGAUGACUGUCCGGCAGCAUGGGCUGAGUUUGAAGGAAGAAAGGGUGUGUUCAUUGAGGGACAAAUCACCCCUCCCCUAAGUGGCGUGCAGAUUGUCAUUUCCUCAGGCGGAGAGGAGCCGAUUACCGAUAUUAAAGUGGAAACAGACACGAAUGGAAAAUAUAGGUUAGUGUAACGAUUUCUUGAUGUGAAAUCCAUGAUAAACAGCAAGCACACAAAGCCUUUCAUAAAGCAGAUGGACAAACAGACAGACGAGAUGACAUUAAUCCGAGCUGAUAAGUGCACGAAGAGUUUGUCGCGGUUUACAUAUUUUACCACUGAGAUUAAGAAGAGAUAGAAGGCAGAUUUUAAUUAAUCUCAAAGAUCACGUCUUUCGCAAGAAAUUCAUGGUGUGGUGAUCAUUUUUCAAUCCUUAUCUUGGUAUCUGUGCGGUAACACUCACUGAGACUAAUGCUUUUUUUCUGAAACAGGGUGGGUCCCUUGCAUGGUGGCGUUGAAUACUCGCUGGUGAGUAGUGUGGAAUAAGUUUUAUUACAUAUCUCCAUUAGGAUGUGCGCAAUGAUUGGUCAAUUUAGCGGUUCGUAUUUCACUGUAUGGCCCGCGAAAUUCAAAAGUUUAUUUAAUUUGAAAUCUGCCCUCUCCAUUUGAACCCAGAGAUAUCAUUCCUAGAGCUUUUUUUUUUUUUGAGGAGGUAACUUUUCUAUUUUGCUACGAACGGGUGAUGAGAGGAGACAUAUCUAUCAGCAGGAGAGGCUCGUUUUAAUAUUACACCAAAUUCUCUAAGCCGAUUUAAGAGAAAGUUUUGAGGAUCUAGAAAGAGAAUUAUGAAUCAGAUUUAAGGUUUGUGUCAUUAUUUGUGCCUGUAUUUUUUAUUCACAGGCUGCGAGCAAAGCAGGUUUUGUACUCAGUCCUGCGGCUGGUAAGAAGGGAGAUUUUCAAGCGCUGAAGCUUGGGCAGAUUGACAUUACGGUAAGAGCGACUGGGGGUGUAAACUUACUAACGUCGCUUAAAGUUUUUUUAUCAGCUGUUUUGUCAGACAGUAAGCGUUCAACUUCCUUGAUGCGAUUGACCACUAACUUCUCUCCACAAUUUCAGUUCGUUAUCCAGGAAGCUUGUGAUGAGAAUCGACAACAGCGUCAGCUUAAGGAUGUUUUUCCUGAUUUUAAAACCAAAUUUUUAAACUAGUUUACAAAUACAUAUAAAAGAGAUAGAAGGAAAUUACCUGACUUAUCAGAUCAAGCAAGUUUAUGAAUUAACUAAUUUUGUAUGAAUCAUUCAGGUAUUUCAAAGUUUUCUUUUGUAUUUGUUAAAAGUUAACAUAAAAAUUGGCAUUGAAACUUUGGCUUCUACGCUUAAAAUUUGUUUCAGUUUGUUUAUUUAUUGAUUUGUUCUAUUUCAGGUGACAGAUGAAGACGGCCAGCCAUUAUCGGCAGUUCUUUUGUCACUCAGUGCAGGACAGUUUCGCAGUAACAAUCUCACUCUAGAAAAUGGCUCCAUGGUCUUCACCAACUUGGUUAGUACAGUUAGUGAUGCAAAUGUUCCCAUGGAGGCUUCAUAGAGUUUGAAAACCGAGCGGAAGCAAGUAUACGAACGCGUACAUUAUUGUAGUUGCUUGGGAAACCACCUUGAUCAAUCAGUGACUGAGGGAAAGCAAAGCUAAAGAAAUCUCGGAAUCCUUUCGACAUUCAACUGAAAAUGUCUCUUACUACUGAUGUAUUUUUGUCUUGUAGGGCCCAGGACAAUACUUUUUCCGUCCGAUGUUAAAGGAAUACACCUUCACGCCUCCUUCGCAGGUCAGUAUGGGACAUCUAUAUUUUCUUCUUGAUUUUACGUUUGUAAGGAUCCUUGUAGUGUUUGGUGUUCUUAUUCUAGUAAGUGGUGCAGUUAUGUAACUGUUCGCAACUGAAAAUUGACUCGUUUUUGCUAUCGCACUUUGAAUCUCGAUACCAAAGCCACAUAGCAACGCCGUAAAGGGGAAGCGGGUGAUUUUCAAAUGCUAGAGAAAAGUCUUACAUGGAAGGGCUCUAUUUUCAAGAGAGGUUCAAGCUCUUAUUUUCGUCUUCGAUGUAAAGAAUCUUGCGUUAAAUUUUAGAGAUUGUUCGUUACUUUCGUUAAUCCUAGGCAAAUUUCCAAAUAAUACUUUGCUGUGACAAACAGAGACCUAGGAGGUAUCAAUAAACCAAAAUGGAACCAGAUUUUUUAAAGGAUGGAAAAAAACUAAACUCUUUUACUCCCAAGAUCUGAGUAGUAAUUCUCCUUACUGUCUGCUAUACAAUUCUCUUGACGUUAGUUCGGAGAUUUGGUAUUGGAUCAACCCACAAUCCCCUGAUAGAGAUUUUCUAUGUACUCACUUUUUCUACGCUUGAUAUUGUAUUGAUAUACUAAAGAGAAAAUCUGUCUUAGUCAUUCAUGGGAGUGAAAGACUUCAACACGGAUUACAAAUGAUAAACUUGAAAAAUUUAAGACUCAGUUUUUCAUAGCGACGAAAAAAUCGUGACUAGUUUGGAAAUUGUUUCGCAGAUUUAUCUUUUAUACUUGUAAUUAGUAGUCGCUCUAAACUGGGGAGCUGUUCAUUGACAAAUAUUUACUGUUCUUCACAGAUGAUUGAUGUGGGUGAAGGUUCAAUUGUUCAACUGCAGGUCAAAGGAAAAAGAGUUGCGUUUAGGUAAAAAAAAGCUUUGUAAUGGAGCAAUUUUCAAGUGGGUAUCUGUUUUGUUGUUUGGUGACUCAUUUUUUUCCUUGGUCCCACGCUUGUGACAAGACGAACAGACAACUCUCUUCAUAUAAAGAUAAUUUUUGUUUUCCUUACAGCUGUUUUGGGGCGAUUUCCUCGCUAAAUGGUGAACCAGAGAAAGGCGUGGCUGUUGAGGUACGUGCUUAGAAUAUUACAUUAUUUUUUCGUAGAAUCUGAUGCUAAGGAACUCUGUGAGAGUUUUAUUUUUGACAAUCUGAAUUUAAGUGUAAUUUGAUUCAUCUUUAUAUUUCAGGCGAUCGGUCUGGAAAGUUGCGAAUCUUUUCAAGAAGAAACAGUUUCAGAUCAAGAAGGACAAUACCGAUUACGUGGACUUCAGGUUACUACGCUUCUAAAAAUAUGAGUUUCUUGUUUUGGUUGUAAGAGCGUAAGAAAGAGAGUUUCGUGCAACCAAAAACAAGUAAUAAAAUCGCCACAGCCAUCGAAAACCCAAGGCUGGCACCACAUACAAUCAAUGAGGAAUCAAUACCUUGAGCACCGGAAAACGCGGAUAACCAACUCGCGAGUAGUUUUUAGUUUUUUAGAUGUUGAAAUUUUAGACCAAUCACAGCGUAAAGUGAAGCAACAUCAAUGUUAUCCCAGACUAUUUGUUAUCCUAAGAUUGCGUUAGUUGUUUGGUUUGGAAUGACAAAUACUGUUUACUUUCAGCCUGGCUGUAUGUACAGAGUUCGAGUAAAGAUCGGAGAUAGUAAUCCGCAUAUCGAGAGAGCUUCCCCGUCAUUUAUUGAUAUACAGGUCAGGAUUGAGAUAGUUCUAUUUUUUUUAUUUUCCUUUAUUUAUUUAUUUUGUUUUUUUUGGUCACAGUUUUACCCUUUACACCCUAACAUCAGUAUGCAUAUUCUCAUUACUGUUAUCUAUACAUUUCCCAAGGUGCUAACAUGGAGAAUUUGUUCAGCAAUCAAGAGUUUCUUUAGUUGGUGAUAAUUUUCUUUAUUCUCAUGACCUUCAAGCGUGAUUCAGGGGUGAUAUUGUAAAGGGAGAAAUUAGAUGCUAGUUACUCUCAGGGGUCAGUGGGUUUAUAGAUUGCAAGCCACUGAGUAUUACAUUUAUUUCUAUGUGCUUGGGGUUGUGAAGUCCAAGGUUUGAGGGGUGACUAAUCGAAUGAAUACCCACAGCAGUACUUUCGUAUGAUUUUGUUUAGAUAUGCUAUGUAAUUAAGCUUUAACUCUUUGCUCCGUGAAUGGAAGUGUCAUCGUGGUUCAUGUCUAAUGUGCAACUGAAAUUCUAUUAAACCCACUAAGUUUAUGAAUGAAUGGAAGAAACCCUAAGGUGUGUGAAUGUUUAGGAAUGAAUGGAGGAAACCCUAAGGUGUGUGACCAUUCAAAUGAAAGCUAACUGUACUUUCGAGAGUUUUUUUUUCUCCGAGUGUUACUCAUAAACCGCUGCGAACACAGGAACUAAAUUCAUCAGCAUUAGUCUCUUGAGAUGAUUCACCAUUAGCAGUUAAAAAAAUUAUCAAAUUUAUCCUUUUUUUGUUAACAGGUGUCUUCAACAGACCUUCAGAAUGUUAACAUGAUCGCCUUCCGCCACAUCAAUCAAUUUGAAAUCACGGGAAAUGUGGACACGGACAGUAAAUUCGUUUCAUCUCUAAAGGUAAGUAUUAAAAUCUAUUGCCACACCUCCAAACAGCGAUGUGAAUUUUCAACUCGUGCUCGAGAAAUCCAGCGUGUUAAAGGAGUUUGGUGACGGUUUUUCCACCUUGUGAAAAUUUGCUAAUUUUUUGCAAAGUGUUUGUUAUUGGAAAUUCUGGUCAGUUUCCUUAACCUUCUCUCUCCUCUUUCUUUUUUGGAUGUUUCUUACUCCUCGGCACAGAAGGUGUUUGUUUCAAGGGUGCAUUCCUUUUAAGCAUCAAAUUUAAGAAGAAAAAAAAAACCAGGCUUUGUAGGCCAUUGAAUUGGUGUCAUUCCAGAAUUUCCCACAGCGCAUGAACUUUGGGUACGAAAUGUGACGCACUUGAAUGUUUUAAAGGAGAUCAUGAAUAUCUCGACACGAUAUUUUAAAACUCAGGUAACGCUGUCUCCAGAGAGCAAUCCAGAGACUCCAGUAUUCACGACUCCCGUGAGUGUCGCCAGUUACUUCCAGUUUCCAUCAGUACCUAAUGAUGGACAAGUGUACAUCGUUCGUUUGGAGUCUUCCCUCUCAUCACUUAACUAUCAGUACAUCCGACCUGAAUCUACGGUCACUGCCACUGGAGUGCGGGCUCAUGUUACGUUCAAGUUUGAACCACAGGUAUGAUGUGCUUCCCAAUUUGUCUGCAUCCCGGAUGUGAACUGUUACUCGCAUUUGUUGAGUCAAAUUCACCAGUCGUUCAGGGAAAUGCUUUAUUUCAUUGAUGCCCUUUUUUUUUUAAUCGAUGAUCUUUUUUUUGUUUCGUUUUUUCUAAUUUCCCUCAGCCGCGUAAAGUUGAACCGGAACCAAGCCAAGGAUCAUUUCUGACGUUACCUUUGUUAGUGAUUCUGAUUGUGUUAGCUGUGAACCACAAUAAGGUACGUAAAACUGGAACCGUUUACGUUUUUAUUGUCAUGAUGAGGUGGAAACCGGGUAUCUAUAGAUUACCACGCGUUUAUUUUCUUUUGUAACAGUUUCGAUUGGUUCCAGGCUUUUAGUGGAAAGGCUGUCCAAAUCACGCUUACAGCUACUGUAAACUACUGUAAGCUCAAUCUUAUUUUCAUGUCCGCUUCUGAGGUAGACUGCUUUCUCUAGAUAAGCGCUCUUGUAUCAAACUUGUGUCAAAGCAGAAGCCUGGUCAAGGUUAUCAGCUUCUCUUCGUGAAACAAUCAGAAAUGAACGUAGAAAUUGUAAAACCGUAGGUACCAACAAAAUAACAAUUAAAUUUUACAACAAGGUUGUUGAUCAGCGCUUUUGAUCAUUUUAAUGUUAUAAGGCGUUAUAUUAAGUUUUAAAAUUAUUAUUAUUAUUAUUAUUAUUAUUAUUAUUAUUAAAAUGAGAGCAACGUUAAUGCGAAUGUCAAACGGCAAGAAUCUAAUCUUUUCGGGUCUGCUUCAUUUGUGCAACAAUUUAAAAAUAAGUGAAUAGUUGUAAAUAAGAAUUAGUUUAAUAAAUUGCUGUUGGAUAUUUGAAAAUAUUAACUGAGUAAAAUGAGAGAUGAAUUUUCCGUUUGUGACCAAUGUCAGUACCUGACCAACUGUGCACCUAACUGCGCACCUACCCCUCCCCUAACCCAACAUUAACCCUAACUUGUUGUCAGUUGACUGUUGUUAUGCUAUGGGAGGGGUAGGUGCGUAGUUUCUCAGUCACUGACAUUGAACUACGCUGUCAAUGAUGUUAUAUAAUGGCACAGCUGCCCGCGUAAAAAGUAAGGAAAUACAAACAGGUUCAAAAGACGGAAGAGAACGUCACAUUUUUUAAGGGCGGAAAAAUGCAACUUAUUUAUUUUCUUUUUUAUCUUCAGCUCAUUCCUUUCAUCCAGCAAGUACCUCAAUUCAUACAGGGAGUAUCCGCCGACCAACUACAGGCUCAGUUCGAGGAUCCUUACAGGAACAAGAAGAAACCAAAAGAUACGCGACGAAGAUAA